UCCGCGUCCCAGACGCCCCAAAUCCCUUUCCCGCGCGGUCCCUAGCGCGCCCAGCUGGGACCUUGCUGGCCACGCUCGCUCCAUGACCGUGUUGUCUCUACUGGGUCCCACCAGCAGUGCCUUGUCUCCCUGUCGUGGCCGGGGUGCCCCGAAUCCCACAUUCUUCCUUUUAAAAUGCCUGUGCCCCGCUGCUCCGACCCUCUGGGUCCGCCUACCUCCUGUGGGGUGGCUCCGGGGACGGAAGGCGCGCUUUGGCCGACUUUGCACCGGGAAAGGCAGGAAAGCGCGCCCUGGAAGACAAGCGCUCAGCCCUUUAAGGAGCGCCCCACCGAAGUAGCAGAAUUAAGGACCAACGGGUUCGGGAGGAGGGACUUUUUGUGGGGUCUGCUCCUUCUGUGUUUGCUCCUGAGGACGUCCGAGUUAAAAGCCGCAAAUGCCCUUCAACCCAAUAUUCUACUGAUAAUGGUAGACGAUCUUGGCAUCGGGGAUCUUGGAUGCUAUGGGAACCGUACGCUCAGGACACCCAAUAUCGACCAGCUUGCAGAGGAAGGAGUGAGGCUCACCCAGCACCUGGCGGCCGCCCCCCUCUGCACCCCCAGCAGAUCUUCCUUCCUCACGGGGAGGCACGCCUUCAGAUCAGGCAUGGAAGCUGAUGAUGGGUACCGUGCCCUCCAGUGGAACGCGGGAUCGGGCGGACUCCCCACGAACGAAACCACAUUUGCAAGAAUCCUGCAGCAGCAAGGUUAUGCAACCGGCCUUAUAGGAAAAUGGCACCAGGGUGUCAACUGUGAAUCCCGCAACGACCACUGCCACCAUCCACUGAACCACGGAUUUGACUAUUUUUACGGUAUGCCUUUCACGCUUGUGAAUGACUGUCAGCCGGGCAGGCCCCCAGAAGUGGACGCCACGACUAGAUCCAGACUGUGGCACUACACCCAGAUGGCGGCUCUAGGGGUCCUGACCGUUGCGUUUGGCAAGACUUGCGGGUUCAUCUCCGUGUCCUGGAAGGGAGUCCUGGGGGCAGCCAGCCUCGUCUUCCUCUUCUUCAUCUCCUGGUACGCCAGCUUUGGGUUUGUGCGUCGUUGGAACUGUAUCCUGAUGAGAAACCAUGACGUCAUAGAGCAGCCCAUGGUUUUGGAGAGAACGGCGGGUCACAUUCUGCGUGAGGCUGUUUCCUAUAUGGAAAGGAAUAAGCAGAGGCCAUUCCUCCUCUUCGUGUCUUUGCUGCAUGUUCACAUUCCCCUGGUGACCACAAAACGGUUUCUCGGGAAAAGCCAGCACGGCUUAUAUGGCGACAAUGUGGAGGAGAUGGACUGGCUUGUAGGUGAGAUCCUUAAAGCACUCGAAGUCCACAGUUUGAAAAACACGACAUUCACGUAUUUCACCUCUGAUCACGGAGGACAUUUGGAGGCAAGAGACAGACACGGCCAGCUAGGGGGAUGGAAUGGGAUAUUCCGAGGUGGCAAAGGGAUGGGGGGCUGGGAAGGCGGCAUCCGCGUGCCGGGGAUCUUCCGCUGGCCUGGGGAGCUGCCAGCCGGCCGAGUGAUCCAUGAGCCCACCAGCCUGAUGGAUGUUUUCCCCACCGUGGUCCAGCUGGGGGGCGGCCAUGUGCCCCAGGACAGGGUGAUCGAUGGCCGUAGCCUGGUACCCUUGCUUCAAGGGACUGCUGAGCGCUCAGCACACGAGUUCCUCUUUCAUUACUGUGGGAAGUACCUCCACGCAGCACGCUGGCACGAGAAAGACAGUGGAAGACUCUGGAAGGUCCACUACAUGACACCACGGUUCCACCCCAAGGGGACAGGGGCCUGCUAUGGCCGAGGCGUGUGCCCCUGCUCGGGGGACGGCGUGACCCAGCACAGCCCACCUCUGCUCUUCGACCUCUCCAGAGACCCUUCCGAGGCGCAGCCCCUGGCCCCCAGCUCCGAACCGCGGUACCACGCGGUGGUCUCACGGGUGGGCGAGGCAGUGGACCAGCACAGGAGAACCCUGAGUCCUGUGCCUCCCCAGUUUUCCCUGAGCAACAUCAUCUGGAAGCCGUGGCUGCAGCCGUGCUGUGGAACCUUCCCCCUGUGCGCGUGCGGGCAGGACGGAGAUCCCCGGUGAGACGUGACCUCACACUGAGCAGGAUGCCCGUCGUCAGGCAGGUGGGGUGAAACUCGUUGACAAGGAUGCGGAGAAAGGGGAACCCUCUUGCACUGUUGUAGCACUCUGGAAAACCGUAGGCAGACUCCUCAAGAAAUGAAAAACAGACCUACCCUAGGACCUAGGGAUUCCACUCCUGGGGGUUUCCCCACAGCAAAUGAACACAGGAUCUCAAAGAUACCUCUACCCCAUGUUCAUGGCAGCAUUCGUCUCAGUGGCCAAGACAUGGAACCAGCCCAGGCGCCCAUCGAUGGAUGGAGGGAGAAAGAACGCGUAGCCCAUCCACACAAUGCAACACGACUGGACCACGAGGAGCAAGGAGAUCCUGCCCUUUGUGACGACGCGGACGGACCUGGAGGACAAUCAGCCAGACAUAGAUCGAAAAAUACCGCACGAUCUCACCGAUUCGUGGAAUCUUAACAAUAAAAAAAAUGGAAACUGGUACAAGCAGAGUUUGGAAGAGUGGGUGCCGGGGCGUUGGGGGAGGUGGGGAGAGGGUGCCCAGAGGGCAUGAGCUUCCAGUUAGGAGAGGACUCUGUUGUGGACACCUCUCAGCACGGUGAUUCUAGGAUUCUAGUUCCUAAUACCGUCUCAUACCCUUUGCAUCUGCUGAGAGAGUAGAUGUUAGGUGUUUUCACCGUGCACACCAAAACCGGUCACUACCGAAGGUGAUGGGCGUGUUGGUUCACUUCACUGGGGUGGUCGUUUCACGAUGUGUACCUAUAUCCAGUCAUCACGCUGUAAACCAUAAAUACAAUUGCAUUUGUCCAUUACACCCCCAUAAAGCUGGGAAAUGGAUCUUUAAAGGGGAGAGGCACAGCUCCCCCAAAUGCCGGGACAACGACGGGGUACCCAGGAGAGCGAGCACACGGAGAAGCUAAGCUUGUGUUUCCCUUUCUCCAGGACCAUGUCCUGGUGGGGAGUGCGUCUGAACUUUCUCAUCCACGACAUAAGACCAUCACAGUGGACACCCAGUAAUGCCCCCGGUCCUGAUCCUCUUCCAGUGCUCAGGGUUAUCACAGUGCCAAUACCCAGUUUUUGUACCCAUUCAUCUCAAAGCCUACUUGGGGUUUCACUGGGUCUGUGAACAGCCUUACAAAAGGGCAGACAGACAUAUGGGGAUAAAACCGUUCUGUGCUGGUCUUGAGGAUUCACUGAUCUCAAGUGGCUAUUCAACUCCACACAUGACAUUCACUGUUCCUGUGUCCUCGUCUUAUUACGUGGAAAUUACUUUGGGCUUCCAGUAGCAGACAUUGGAAAUUAAUCCCAUAAACAGGGGAAGGGUGUGUUCUCUCUUGGAGGGACGCAACCCCAGGCUGGCAGCCUCCUUGCAACUCCAAGCUCUACCGUCCUUUGCCUCAUGGCCUCAGGAAGGCUGCAGCAGCUCCAGCUAUCACAUAGGCAUUCCAGGCUGCGGGAAGAAAGGCCUUCUUCCCAGCUGAGUCAGCCCCUGUUAAGGGGAUUCUGCAGAUGUCCUUACCCCAGGACUCCUGCUUCCAUCCAUAGAAGCUUCUGGGAAUUGAGAAAUGGACUCUUUGAAGUGGGCAUAUACCUGAGGGGGCAGGGUUGGUCCCAUCAGCCUAAAGGUGAGACGGUCUUUAUAAUGACUUGUCUAAGGUCUUUGAUACAUCAUUUCCAAAUUAAAUGAUCCAUCAUUGCCAAAUUAAAUGAUACAUCGUUACCAAAU